AUGCGCAAAAUUAUUUUUCCGAAUAAACCCUACUUUCAGCGGUAUCGCGGUAUUCUGGCCGAAGCCUGCAUGAUACCGGGGAAGCUAGGCAAGGGUUCACAACUUCAGGGAGCAGAAAAUGCCGAGGCGCAUAUGUGGCAUCUGCAAGUCAACCCUUCCGCGUGGCCUUCUAGAGUAGGGCCUUUUUGUCUUCGCUUCCACCUUUCUCCAGUCCUCUCCGCGCGGAGAUCUGGAUUCUAG